ACUCACGCGACCCGCCCAGCCUCUGCGCCUAUACAAACCACAAUCCGCCAUAUAAUCGCCUACAAACAAUAACGCCCUUUGCGACCAAGACACAAGCAACCGUCGAUAGCCAACUUUUGCCGCCCAUCGCAGCAGCCUCGUUCUCGCCCAUUCUAUCGUCUCAGCCUCACAUCUCUUCUUCGUCUGUCGUGCAAAUGGAAGAAAGCAUGACGUUCAAAUCCGUGUCCUCGCAUGGAACGUCGUCUAGCAAGGCAAGCAGCCUGUUCAGUCUUAACGCGGACAGCAAAAAGUCGAUUCUCGUCUACCGGUACCGUUCAGGCGCAAAAGGACUGGAAAUCAAGACCGAGCGCGAUCUUUGUGCGGAGCUCGACCAAGACCCUAACCUAGCCUUCGUACGCGUUGCAAGGAAGCCGAUACCGCGUGGCAACAGCAGACUUGACAUCUUGAACGAGGACUUGCUGUCACCUGCCGAACGCGAAAUGUACGGCGAGAAGCCCACGCUCAAAGCCUCGGUCGCCAACGUCGGACUGCCCACGAUGGCAAGGUGGAAGCACAUGAUCCUUGGCAGCUACGAAGACCUCUACAUCGUCUCACGGUUACAUACACCCUCUCCCGAGUCGAGCAAGAACAACAGUCCUGAAUCUAGCCAACAUGUCAGCCCCGCAACGACAUUUCCAAACGAAGCACUACACGCUCCGAAUGCGUAGAGGCAGUGGGAGGCCUGGCCCGGUUUCUAUUUUGGGGUCUUCUAGAUGAUGGAUGGUGUCUCACCCUCCUUGCGUCCACGAGUUGUAGUCCACUCAGCUGGGCCAGCAGUGACCACAUGCUUAGGCCGGAAAUACGUUUUUUUUGUACGCAUUUAUGAGAUACCCCACGAGCACCGCUCAGAGCGCGGCGCUGGAUGGAGUUGGUUUUAUUUCUCAUCUCCUUGAUUCUCCCUAGACUUCCCUAGAUACGGCCUCAACGCCGGUGACUGUGUGAUAUGAUAAUCGAACCGUAUAUCCUAAUUAGUCCA